AUGGCUUCCGGUGACGUGACCUACCCUAACACGGGCAGCAUCAGCGAUGUUGUUACCAAGGGCCCAAUUGUCGAUCAUGUCAAGUCCGAAGCUUCCCGCACCGGCCAGGAGCUCCGCCAAUUGCAAAACUCUCGUGUGACCCCCUCGACCACCACCGCCGAUGGUCAACCUUUGACCCACUAUCACUCUCUGAUGUAUAGCCUUCUGAGCUGGGAACAACCCCGUGCGACAGCCGUUUCCUAUGCCAGUGUGGUUGGUUUCAUCUUCGCCGCUCGUUACUUGCCCCUCCUCCGCUGGGCCUUCAAGAUCUUGUACAUGUUGUUGGGAUUGACUGCCACCGUUGAGAUUGCUGGCCUUGUCGUUUUCAAGCGGGGAAUCACCAGCGGAUUCCGCCCCCGUCGUUAUUACACUGUUCCCAAGGAGACCGUCGAGGCUGUGCUCGAGGAUCUCGAGCAGCUGGUGGACUUCUUCUUGAUUGAGUUCCAGCGCGUCUUGUUCGCCGAGAACGUCCUGCACACUGUUUUGGCCUUCAGCGCCGCGUUCACCGGCUACUGGCUGAUCCGCUUCGUUCCUUUCUGGGGUUUGGCUGUGAUCGCUGUGACCACUACAUACUUCACUCCCCUCAUUUAUAUCAGCAACCGCGAGAUCAUCGAUGAGCAGAUCCAAAACCUCCAGGACAUUAUCAACUCUCAGACAAAUCAGCUUCGGGACUUGGCUGGUGAGCGUACCUCGCAGGCCACCGGUUUGAUGAAGCAGUACGUCGGCGAGUACAGCUCCAAGGCUCAGGAAAUUAUUGGCUCUCGCCGUUCUACCUCUCCUGAGAUGGCCAAGGUUGCCAGCCCGGUCAAGAAGGAGACCGUUGUCGAGUCCACCAAGACUGAGCCCCUGGCCGAUUUCACCGCCCCUGUGGCCGACCCCGCCAUUAAGCGCGAGGACUUCCCCGAAGCUCCCAUCACUGCCCCUCUCGCCCAGGCUCCGGAGGCCGACAUUGUUGCGUCUGUCGAACCCGCUGAGCAGGCUGGUGACCGCGAGCCUCUUCUGGCUAUUUAA